CCCAAACGCCACAGCUCCACACGACACCCAAAUUCCAUUCCAACCCGGCUUCUUCUCCAACCCAGAACCCAAGAGAAGCGAGAGCGAGCACUAAAACAAUGGCGUCCGCGUGGUGCCUCUCGGCCCCGGCCGCCGCCCCGCCGGUGGCGGAGGCGCCGGGCGCCCUCGGUGUCCCCGCCUCCGCCUCCGGGGGCGUCUCCCUCGCGCGGGUGGCAGUCCCCGUGAAGGGGCGGCGCAGGUGGGACGCGCUCGUGGUCUGCGUGGCCCCCGACGAGGAGAAGAUUACGCGGCGCUCGCCCCUCGAUUUCCCCAUCGAAUGGGAGAGACCAAAGCCUGGGAGAAGACCUGAUAUCUUCCCAAAGUUCAGCCCUAUGAAGACACCAUUGCCCCAUCCAUUACCAGCUGAUGAUCCUCUGGAUGACGAUGAAGAAGAGGAAGAGGAAGAACAACCACCUCCGGAAGAACCACAAGAGGAUGAUCCAGACAAGGAAGAGCCUGAGGAAGAUGACCCGGACAAGCCUACUGAGUAAUUUUGGAUGACCUGGCUGUGGUAGAUAGACAAUGGGCCAAAAGAAUGUGCCAUAUCUUUGAAGAAUGUAAGAGAUAUCAGUUCAGUUGGAUCUGUUAGUUCUGCCGGUUUAUAUAGGCUCUAGACGCAUAAGUUUGUUAUGAAUACCUUUGGGCUUUUCUAAAGCUAUGAAAGUUUUGUUCGACGGAUUACAAAAAUGCUAUAUCUGUGAUGACAUGUAUUCUCGCUUUUUCUAUCUUGGGAAAGUAGCGUGUACAUCGCGACAAGAUAUUGCAAGUUCGACUGCAACGAUUAUGUUAUUACUUUUUAAA